UGAUUCGGAGCAUUACUUCGUGCAAGAUGUGUUCUAUUGCGGCCCGAGAACGUUUGAAAUAUAUGUGCUGUCGCUGUUGUUCCAAGACUCAGCAAAAAAUAUGGGUAUUUGGUACGGCCUCCAUAUUCCUGGUAAUGGGAUUAGUGGGUAUUAUAUUGGGACGUAGCUAUUUCACCGAUAUGGUGUAUAAGAUGCUACCCUUAAAGGAAGGCGGCCGCACCUAUGACAAGUGGGUCGAAACACCGGUACCAAUUUAUAUGGCCAUGUACCUAUACAAUUGGACAAAUACCGAUCAGGUGAAAGUGCGUGGAGUAAAACCCAAUUUUGAACGUGUCGGUCCUUAUGUGUUUCGUGAGGAGAGACAUAAAAAGAAUAUCACCUGGUAUCCGAAUAAUACAGUUUCCUUUAUGCCGCAACGUUAUUGGUAUUUUGAACCGGAAAUGUCCGGUGGAACAUUGGAGGAUAAUAUUACCUGUCCUCAUUUGCCAACAAUUGCUGCCUCCACCAUCGCUCGAGAUUUCCCGAAAGUCAUCAAAAUCUUUUUCAAUAUUGCGCUGAAUUCUAAUGGUGGUGCAUUGUAUCAGACCCACACAGCCGAUGAAUGGUUAUUCAAAGGAUUCUACGAUGAAUUUUUGGACUAUGCCAUGAAAUUGAAUAAUUCCAUGACUGGUGAUAUAAAGGAUAAUCAUUUUGCAUGGUUCCUGCAUCGUAAUGGAUCGGCAGAUUUCGAAGGCAUUUUCACCAUCAACACUGGAGCCGCUGAUCUACGUGAAAUGGGAGAAUUGAAAUUCUGGAAUGGUGUGAAUCACACUGGGUUCUUUGAGGGUGAAUGUGGUCGUGUCAAUGGCAGCACAUCAGAUUUGUUUGUACCCAAUCGUGGUCCUGAAGAAUGGAUUACGAUUUUUAUGAAAGACACCUGCCGUAUUAUUAAUUUGGUACCAUCGGCUAGAGAGACAAUUUUGGGUAUUGAGGGUAUACGUUAUGAAACUAAACCGGAUACAUAUGAUAGUGGUACUUUAAAUCCGGAUAUGAAAUGUUAUUGCCCUCCGGAGCUAAUGCCCGAUAAUUGUCCCAAACAUGGAGCGACCGAUAUACGUAGUUGUGCCGACGGGGCACCAAUGUUUAUGUCACAUCCGGGAUUUUUAUAUGCUGAUCCAAGUUAUGCCAAUACAACAACGGGCACCCGGGCAGAUCCCGAUAAGGAUGUGUUCUUUAUAACAAUGGAACCGAAACUGGGCGUUCCUCUAGAUGUUAAUGUGGCAAUACAAAUUAGUUUGCACAUUACACCGGAUAGUGAUAUAACGUUACUCAAGGGUAUACCCUCCUUUUAUGCCCCGCUCUUUACUAUCAAUAGUAUUGGUAAAAUGACACCAGAAAUUGCCAAAGAAGUUAAGCUUGCCCUCAAUCUAGCCGAUAUUUUCUUCUAUACCUCCAUCGCAAUGCUGUGCUUGGGAAUUCUAAUAGCUUCUAUCGGAAUUUAUGUUCAAAUUGCCCAAAAAUGGUACGAACCUAUUGGUGAUGAACGUACAAUCAUGGAUAAUCAUUAG